AUGCUUCUCGAUUCAAUUUCUUCAUCAAUUGAAUACCUUCAUGUUCCUUAUGUUGGUGAAGAAAUUGAAAUGCCAGCUGUUAAACUCAAGUUUAACAAACAUGAAGUAAUGACAGAGUUAACAAGAGAAGCUUUAGGUUUAUGCGGAUUAAAAGAAACGAAAGAUCAAAAACAAGCAGUAUUAGUUUGGGGGAAACAGUUCGAUAUUACAGAAUAUUCAUCAUUUGGCCCUUGGCAAAAAGUUAACCACUUUGCUGGUGCAUAUUUAAUCGGAAGAAAAGACAAUUUUCACAAAUACAUGAUGUCAUUCAAAAAGAAAGAACCAGAAUUAGGAAAAUUUUACCCAUCUUCUUAUCUUUUACCAGAUCAAGCAGAAGAUUUAAGCAAAAUAUGGAAGAAACACAAGCUUUGGAUUAAGAAACCAUCAGCCUCAUCAAGAGGUCGAGGAAUUAAAGUCAUUUCAUCAGAAAAUAAGCCUCCGAAAAAAUCUGGAUUAGUUCAAGUUUAUAUCGAGAAACCAUUCCUUAUCACAGGGCGAAAGUUUGAUAUUAGAAUGUAUAUUUUAAUACCAUCCGUCAAUCCCCUUAAAAUCUACGUUCAUUCCAAUGGAAUGGCGAGAUUUUGUUCUCAAAAGUACAAAAUGGAUGAUCCUACAGAUCUGCACUCCCAUUUAACGAAUUUCUCUAUUAACAAAAACGAUUCCAACUUCAUUAGAUGCUCAGGAGAAGAAUCUGUUGAAGAUUCGAAGUGGACACUUCAAUUUUUCCACAAAUAUCUCAAAGAAAACGGAUAUGAUGCUGAUAAAAUCUUUGAUUCAUUGUACCAAACAGCUACGAAGACGUUUUUGAUCGGAAUGACCGCAGUUCGAGAUAAACACAUCAGAUAUGUUUAUCAUCGCAAUGUUUCUUCUGAAUUGUAUGGUAUUGAUAUCAUAUUAGAUGAAAACCUUAAUCCCCAUGUCAUGGAAGUGAACAUUUCCCCAUCAAUGAAAGGAUCUGAUUCCAAAUUAGACCAUGACUUGAAAUUACCUGUUAUGCUUGACACUCUAAGGCUUUUUAAGAUAUAUCAGACCUCAUCUGACGUAGUUACAGAGUUCGAAAAGGCUGUUCGUCAAAGUGUCAGCAAUGAAAGAUUAAAUUCAGUGAUGAAAGGCCAAGAUCCAUGGGAAAAACCAGUUAUCUCUGAUAUACAGACUGUUAAAGAGUUUCUGUAUGAACAGGCCAAUGCAGGAGGAUACAGAUUGAUGUAUCCAACGAAAGAAACAGUUGAAGAAUACAAAUCAUGUUUAGAAAACAUGCAUUAUAAUGAUAUUGUUUUAUUAAACUGGGUUAAAAUGAAUGACGAAAGGAAAGAGAAAGUUCUUGCUGCAAAUAUCAAGAAAUACAAGAAAUUCUUAUCCCAAUUCCAAAAAUAA